AUGGCCCUAGUAGCUGCAGCUGCCCUUGCUCUUCUCUUCCUCCUCGCCGUCGCCCCGAGCAGCAGCCGCGGCGCUCUCCAGGUGGGCUUCUACAAUGGAAAAUGCAAUGGCACCGACGUCGAGAGCGCGGUCAAGAGCAUCGUCGCCUCCCGCUUCUCCAGCGACAGAACCAUCGUCCCCGUCCUCCUCCGCCUCCACUUCCACGACUGCUUCGUCAAGGGAUGUGACGCUUCGAUCCUUCUGGACGGGACGGGAACCGAGAAGACUGCAGCCCCAAACCUGAGCGUCCGAGGCUACGACAUAAUCGACCAGGCCAAGUCUGCGCUGGAGAGCAAGUGCCCCGGCGUCGUCUCCUGCGCCGACAUCAUCGCCAUCGCCACCAGAGAUGCCGUCGUCCUGGGCGGCGGGAGCCAAUAUAGUUAUUCAGUUCAGACGGGGAGGCGGGACGGCAACGUCUCGCUCGCAUCUGAAGCUCUCAAAAACCUCCCCGGAGAUUCCUUCUCUGCUUCCCAAGCUAUCGCAGCGUUCAAGGCGAAGGGCCUCAGUGCUUCGGACACAGUCCUGCUGCUCGGGGCUCACACCGUCGGCGUCACUCACUGCUCCUUCGUCCGGAGCCGCCUCUACAACUACAAUGGCUCCGGAAAAGCCGACCCCGCCAUGGACCCCGCCCUCGUCCUCAAGCUGAAGUCGACGUGCCCGCAGAACUCGACCGCGAACAACUUCAUCCUCCUCGAUCAGGGGACGGCGUUGACGGUGGACAACAGCUACUACAAGCAGAUCCUGGCGAACAAAGGCAUCCUGAAGGUGGACCAGAACAUUGCGGUGGAUGGGCUGACCAACUCCACCGUCAAGUCGCUGGCCAGCGGCUCGAGCUUCCCGACUCUGUUCGCUGGCGCCAUGGUGAGGAUGGGCGCCGUCCAGGUGCUCACCGGGAACCAGGGCCAGAUUCGCAAGUCCUGCAGAGUCGUCAACAAAUAA